AAAAAACGUACAAUGCUUCACACAUUCCAUCACUGCAUGCAUGCGCAUGUGUGCAUUUGUGUGUGUGUGUGUGUGUGUGUAGCCUUGGCAUAGUCCAGCCUCAGUAAGAACAGCGGUGCUCAUUUAGGAGGACGUGCUUGGAGUGGACAAAUCAUGCGAAUGGUUUGGGGAAGAGAACGAGCGUUAGACCCAAGAUGAAGGAAGGGAGGAUGAAUCACUGCAGAACAUUUGCCCUCUGUUGCAUCCUUUCCCUCUUUCAAUCAGGAGGCGUUGCAGGCGUAAACAUCACCAGUUUUGGGAAUCUGAUCCGAGGCACAGUAGGUGGGGAAGCCCUGCUUUCUGUCCGGUACUCCAGCACCAGUCUGGAUCCACCAGUUAUCAAAUGGCAGCUCAAGAGGGAGAAACCGAUCACGGUGGUCCAGUCGAUUGGCACUGAGAUCAUCGGAAACCUGCGGCCGGAAUACCGAGACCGUAUCCUUGUGUUUGAGAAUGGCACUCUCUUACUGCAUAACUUAAAGCUCUCUGAUGAGGGAAUAUAUGAGGUGGAGAUCUCCAUCACUGAUGACACCUUCACAGGGGAAGACAGCAUCGAGCUCACCGUGGAUGAGCCAAUAUCAACACCCUAUGUGGAUGUAACUACCACGACUGUUCUGGAACUGACUGAACAUUUCACUCUGAACUGUUCUCACGACACGGGAACCAAGACCACGUACACCUGGAUGAAAGGCGGAAAGCCGCUGGUUAACCACACUCGCCUGCUGCUGUCUCCUGACCAGAAGGUUCUGACCCUCACACGAGUGCUUCUGGUGGAUGAUGAUGUCUACAGCUGUCUGGUGGAGAACCCUAUUGGCAGUAUGAAGAGCUUGCCCCUGAAACUCACCGUUUAUAAAAGAAGCUCCCUUUACAUCAUCCUUUCCACAGGAGGCAUCUUUGUCCUGAUCACUCUGGUAGCAGUGUGCGCCUGCUGGAAGCCGUCGAAAAGAAGGAAAAGACAGAAAGUGAAGACAAAUACACCAAGAUCCAGCCCUGAAAGCCACCAUAUUAUACAUGAGGACAAACCAGAAGAUAAUGUCGUCCCGCUAAUGACAGAUCACGAGCGCAGGAAUCCAGUCUCACUUUACAUCCUGAAGGAGAAGGACCCCCCAAGCGAAGAACCUGCAUCAGUGUGCAAAACGUGCACGAGCAAUGGCGGCAGUCCCUCCAGUAACAGGAGAUCUGCCCCACCUCGUACACACUCACCUGAAACUCCAGCACGUGCGUCCCGGCGUUACCCGCGCACACCCACCAACUCCCCUCCUGUGCGCCACAGCCGGAGGCGGGGCCACAGCCGGAGCCCACCCGCUCGUGCGCCCUCUCCACCACGCACCCGCACCUCCAGUAGCUCCUCCCCUCCAAACCGGUGGCCUGUGGAUUCACCUCUCACUGAACCAGCUAAAAGCUUCAUCCAGCCUGUAAUGCUGCUCCGAGAGAUAGAAGAAGGACUUCCUGUCAACUAAUUUGACGGGCACGUUUAUGGGACUGAGAUAAAUGUGUAAAUAUGUAAAUAUAUAUAUAUUUUUUUCUCUUUUUAAAUUCCACAUGCCAAUGUCUUUAUUUUCAGAAUCAGGAUCUUUACUCACCAAGGAUUAUGAGGAAAUUCUCUUGCUGCACAGUAGAAAGAAUAUUAUUAUAUAGAACAAAAAAAUCUACACUCUCACAAAAAAAAGCUUGCCUCUUGGGUGGUACCCUCAAAUGUACAUCUUUUGUACCUUUAGUAUGUUUUUUUUUUGUUUUGUUUUUUUGCCUAGAAAUGUGUGCAUAAUGUACAUUCUAAGCUUUACUCUCAGUAUUCAGAGUGUUUCCACAAUUGGGGUGCCAUUUACGUACAAAUAUGUAUGUAAAGCAAAUGUAAAAAAAAAAAAAAAAAAUUAAAACACAAAGUGUUCUUCACAACAACCUACGUGCAUGUUUUAGAUGUACAUAGGUUGUUGCUACAUGUCCUAGCCCACUAUAACGCCACUUAUAUAUUAAUUUUAGGGCUAAAUCAUGGCCCUAAAAUUUUAGGGCUAAAUCAUGGAAUCACUCUUCAACCAGGACUGUAGACGAAUAUUGUCUUAGGUCUUUUGGUUGAUUGUGAUGAUUGUGUAAUAUAAUACAAGAUACAUCCAUGUACUUUCUCUAUUUUUUCACCCGGAAAUAACAGAAUAUGCAACAUUUAGCAUUCAACUGUAGCUCCACUACAUUAAAUCACCAUGUUCAAGAUAACAGCUGACUCUUUUAGUGCUCUUUAUGAAUGUACAGGAAUGAUGUUAGAUAAACAUGAUUUUUAGGCCAAGUUCAGGAUUAAUAAUCACUUAGGAAUCCAUUUCAAGCUACAGAAAUUACAUGGGUCAUAUGGCUUUUCAGUAACUAUAAAUAAUUAAAUGGACAUAAGUAUACAAAUCAAACAUCUGUACAGUAUCAAAUAAAAAAAUGCUACAUGCACUUGUUUCCUUUUGCUCGAACAUGAACGUGAGUAGCACAAUGUUUUUUCUUUUCUGUUCUGUUUUUCUGACUUUAGAACAUGUUUUAGAUUUUUGUCUCAUUUCAUGACUGAUUAGUGGAGAGUUUGCAUAAAAUACGAGGGCAUAUGAAAGGAAAUGGAGAAAUAAAACACAAAUGUACUGUAUAUGAUGUUAUUUUCCAUUGUGAUCCAUGACACCAUAUUGAGCGUUAUGUAACUUUGCAGGGUAAAUACAGUUCAUGCUGUUCUCUCUCUCUCUCUCUCUCUCUCUCUCUCUCUCUCUCUCUCUCUCUCUCUCUCUGAGAGAAUGUGCUUGCUGAAUCACACAAAAGAGACAGUGGGCUCCUUGUUGGGAGUGGACACAGCGGCUGAGAGCGAGCAUUGUCUGAAGAUUCUUGUGUUGAUUCAUGUCUAUGCUUCGACGUAUACGCCAGAGGCAGCAAGACAAAUGGCUGGAGGACAGAAUGAUGAAUUGUUGUUUUCUUUUGGAAUUAUAAAACAGAAAGAAGUUAAUAUUGUAGUUAAUAUGCAAGGCAUAUUAAUGUAUUGGGAAAUUACAAUGAAUAGGAAUGAUUAAAGAGCAAUAAGUAACGAUUA